UCCAAGGGCAACGGAGCGGAAGAUCAGAGAUGACAUGGUGGACCAGAGAAACGCGAUGAUGUCGCAGGGGGAAAGUGACGUUCAGUACACCAUGAGGCUAGCAGAGCUGACCCAAGACCUGCAGGUUGUGAAAAAUCAAUCUUGGGAGAAAAGGAGGGAAGAGUCAAAGAAGAUAAAAGGCAAAAGACAGAGUUGCCGGACAAAUAGAAACGUGCACAGCAGCGAUGCCAGAGGAGGUACAGACACCAUGAAACACUUACAAGCCCAACUGAAAAAAGAAAUGGAAGAACAUAUCAGAGAGGGUAAAGGGGAUGUAGAGAAGGUGCAGGAGAGAGUAGGACGAAUCCAGCAGCUGAGGGAUGCUCUCAGAGAGGAGACACAGAAGAGUGGGCCUGCUACAGAGAAAGUGGACCUCUGCCAACAAUCUCAGUUGGAAUUCAGCAAAGCGCAGGAACAGAGGAGGCGACUUAAAGAGGACCACUGGAGAUUAAUUCAGGAGGAGGUGGAGACGAUGGAGAGAGACUUGGCACAGGAGCAGCUACCGACAGAAGGCCCCCAGAGGGAGCUGCUGGUGCUCACCAGAGAGAGGCGGGUCCUAGUGCUGCAGAUAGAGGCCCUGCGCGCUGAGGCGCAGCAGGCUGAGCGAGACCUGCACGAUCAAUAUAAAAACCACCAAGCGGAGCUGCGUUGUCACAGAGAGGAGGGCCUGGAGGUGUUCAGAGUGUUCCGUCAGGUAAGCGAGGAGCAGAGGAGGAUGUCGGAGGGCAGAUACAGGAGCGUGGUGCUGGAAGCUGUGCAGGAUGCCGUCUACCUCUCUGCCCAGAACCAGGACCUGCAAGCUGACAACAAAAAUCUCCGUAAAGCACUGGCAGCGCUGAAGGACACACUCACUGUGCGAGGGGAUCCUACGGCUGGACUGGUACCCCAACAGUGAAUGUAUGACUGAAAGAUGUUUAUGCAUCACUGUGCUAAAUAUAAAUCAUUACAGGAUG